AUGAUUUAUCCGCCGUAUCAGAGAUCGCCGGAGCGGCGAAGGGUGGCCGGAGCGGGAGCGCCCAGCCGUUUUUUCCGACAGGGGGCGACAGGUCUUCACAUCAGUGGGAGAUCUUUGGGAAUCUGCCUUCGACAGGCCGCUCAGGCACAGGAUGCCCAACUGGUCACCUACAACUUCAACGCCUUGUCGGUGCCCGAAGAACUGCGGCAACGCCAUGUGUCGUCGCUGGCAAAGGAGCUGCAGGUGGCAGAGAAGCUUCAGGUUUCCCCAGAGAGUCUCGACGAGUACCAGGGGAUAUGUCUGAAGAGUAUGCCAGGUAAUCCAUACCAUGGCCCAGCCCAUCUGCUGGACGUUUUGCAGUUUCUCACCACCUUGCUGCAAGAGACAGGCCUUGAUCAGACACUUUCACCUCUUCAGUCUUCCGCUCUAGUGCUUGCAGCCGCAGCGCAUGAUGUGGACCACACUGGUACCUCCAAUCCCUAUCUUGUGAAAGUCAGCCACGAAUAUGUGGAGGACCCCUGGACGACCAGCCACGGCCAAGACUCGGCCGAUGGCAUUGGACCCAUGGAAAGUCACAGCGCCUCCAAGGCCCUGGAACUUAUCCAGGAGAUCAUGGGGUGCAAGGACAGCAGGCUGUUGCAGAUGGUGGAGAAAGCGAUUCACGGCACCGACCUGUCGCAGUAG